GUUUGUGUCCAUGAUGCAAAAACCAGAGGAUGACAGCUCUCACCAGUCUCUGGUUUUCUUUGAUUUAGAGACAACUGGACUGGGUCAGAGCUGUGACAUCGUCCAGCUGGCUGCAGUAAGUGGAGAUCACUACCUCAACCUCUACAUCAUCCCUCGGUGUCGAAUUCAGCGAGGAGCAGCCAAAGUGACGGGCUUCAGGGUCCGCAGACAAAGGUUGUACCUCCAUCGCCAGCUCGUCCUCACCAACUCCCUCCGAGAGGUCCUGAUGUCCUUCAUCGCUUUCAUUCAAAUGCUCGGACGUCCACUGGUCCUCGGCCACAACAUCCGUCGCUUUGACUGUCCACUGUUGGCUCGAGCUCUCGAUGAACUGGACCUCAGGGCAGAAUUUGAGUCCUCAGUCUCAGGAUACGUUGACACCCUGCCGCUGGCCAGGGAGCUGCUGAAGGACCGCGGCCUCCAGAGCUUCAGACAGGAGAACCUGGUCAAGGAGCUGCUGGGUUUGAACUACAAGGCUCAUGAUGCUUUGGAGGAUGUGCGGGCGUUACAGGCGCUCUACAGUGUGCUUCAGCCCACACAAGAGUUGAUCAGCAGGCAUUUAUUUACUCUGAACACCAUGGAGAAGACGCCAGCUGUGACAGAUGCCAAAGUGAACUGUGAACUACCAGGACAGAGCCGCCUGUUGCAGCACUUCAAACAGGCAGUGAAGGUCACAGGAGGCAAAGCAGAGGAGCAUGAGAGAAGCUGA